GGUGCCUUGACUCCUACCAUCAUUAUUCAAAUCCUUGCUUAGCUUCCCCCUUAUCUCCCAUUCUUGCACCCCCCAUGGACAUGUAGUACUUGUGCUGUGCUGUACUGCUGGCUUUCUCGUGCUCUAGUCGGGGAGGUAGAUGGAUAUUCCCUGUUUCUCUCCAUCUUAAACUCACCAAACACAUACGCGUAUGCCUCUCUGAUAAAGGGAGGGAAGGAGAAAAAAGAAGAAGAAGAAAAAAAUGACAAGUAAACAGUAGUAACAAUUUGUUGUCGUCUCUCACUUAUGAUUUCCAUUGUUUGCAGAGAAAGUGAACUUGAAAAGGAUACAUGGACUUGAACUAGCUAGAGAAGUAGAGAAUACUCUAUGCACAAGGAGUCAUGUUAGGUAACACAUUGGUGCACAUGUCAUUCUCAAGCGACUAUUCCUCCCAAGGGAGCUCUACGGCGGCUAGCUAGGUAUUGUUUGGUGAUAUCGCAAAGCUCAAAUGUUUCCAUUAAGCUACAAUGCCAACGACGCCAUCUCCUGUAGUGAUCAACAAGCUUAUAACAUGCCCUUGUUCAGUGAUAUCAUUUCCUAUCCCAAACAAGAUGUGCCUCCUCCUUUAUCUCUCUGCUUGCCCUCUCCUUUUAUCCCUUGUGAUCAGCAAGAAUUUGAAGACCAUCUUAUUUUUCUCCAACAAAACUAUGACCUUUUUUUUCAGGAGCAACCCUUGAGAGCUACGGCUACUAGUACUAAUCUAUCCCAGAGUACUGUUGUUAAUAACAUGGCGGAUUCCAAUAAAAGUGACGUUAUUGAGCUAACCGGAAUCUGCAACAAGAAAUCCAACAACAGCACUGAUCAGAUCCUAAGAAAGAGAUCUUCAAAGAGAGAUCGGCAUAGCAAGAUUAACACGGCUCAAGGACCAAGAGAUCGGAGAAUGAGAUUGUCACUAAAGGUUGCCAGAGAGUUCUUUGAUCUGCAAGACAAGCUACGCUUUGAUAAAGCUAGCAAGACUGUUGAAUGGUUACUCAUACAGGCAAAGAAUGAAAUCAAGAAACUAUCCAGUGGCUCCCCCCAUAUGAAUUAUAGCGGCAGUGAUGGCACCAAGAGUGCAUCUUCUACUUCUGAGCGUGAAAUGCUGCCCGAAAUCAAUAUUGAAACUACCACGAAAGGGAGGAAUGUUUCCAAGGGUAGAUCCUCACCAUGUGUCAAGAAAGAGAGGACUAGGAGAGCAUCAUCGCGUAAAACUCCAUUCAACCCUUUUGCAAAGGAAUCAAGGGAGAAGGCAAGAGCAAGAGCGAGGGAGAGAACGAAAGAAAAGUACUUGUGCAGUCGAAGAAUCGACAAAUUGAAGUUUUCUGAAGAAUCAUCAAACAAUGAAUUGAAUCAAUUCGCAGGUUGUUGGGAUACUCCAUUAGAAACUGGUGAUCAAGAAUCUGGCAUUCACAAUUUUAAUCCUUCCUUAGAAGUUCAGCUAGCUGAAGUUGAUGUGGCAAUCUAUCACGAGCGAGAGAAAUUACGUACUCGAGAGGGCAUGAUUGAUGAAAACUUGGCGAUUAUGGGCAAGUACUGGAGUCCCUCUUUUCCCAAUAAUCUGCACAACACUGGAACUCCUGAUCAGGAGCAUCAAUUCUCAGACUUUCAAUACAAGACAUGGGAUCAGGCAUGCACCAUUGGCGGUAUGUGCUAGCAUGGAUAUUCAUCUCUCUCACCACCCUUGAGCUGUCAAGCGGACACGGAUUUGAAGAAUACUAUGUAUGGUUUGUUUAUCUGGUUGGAGCGUGUGCGCGCAUAUAUAUACAUAUAUAUAUAUUUAUUUAUUUAUAUAUCAUGUAUGUGUUUUAGCUUUGCAUCAGGAGAUUUUCCAGCGAUGUGCCUUCUCAAUGAUUGUUAAGUAGUUUAUUUUUAAUGAGAUCAAGAGUUGUGUGUUUGUGUCUUA